AUGUCUUGUUGCUCAAUACAGAAGUUUCUUCUAUCUGUUUUGUUUACUGUUACUUGUGUUGAGUGCAUAGAACUCGACUUUUGCGUCGGAGAUCCUAGUCUCCCUAGGGGCCCUGAAGGAUAUGCUUGUAAAGAUCCUGCUAGUGUCACAACUGAUGAUUUCGUUUACACUGGCUUCCGUGGUGAAAGAACCAUCACAAACGUCUUCGGAAACAAUGUGACUCUAGCAUUUUCAGACGCAUUUCCAGCCUUAAAUGGUUUAGGCAUCUCAAUGGCCAGGUUAGACUUUGGAGUUGUUGGAGUAAUCCCACUACACUCCCAUCGUACAUCAGAAGUUCUUAUUUUGGCCAAAGGAUCAAUCAUUGCCGGAUUUAUUGAUGCAAACAACACUGCAUACUAUAAAAGAUUACAAGUUGGUGAUGUCAUGGUCUUUCCACAAGCAAUGCUUCACUUCCAAAUCAAUGUUGGUAGAACUGCAGCUACUGCGUUUGUUAGUUUGAACGGUGCAAACCCAGCAUUACAACUCACUACUCCCUCUUUGUUUGCUGGAAAUUUACCUGCUGAUAUAGCUGAGCAAAUCACACUUCUAAGUUAUGAGGAAGUAAUGCGAAUGAAAAGAAUGUUCGGGACAGCUUAAUAAGAUCAACCUCUCCUGAUUCUAUUUUAGUGCCCAACAAAUAAAUUUUUCAAUUAAUACUUUGUAUUUUGGUAGAGUUAUAAAUAUUAGCAUAUCCCAUUAAUUUGUUAAAUUAAUUACUCCCCCCGUCCCGGAAUACUUGACCUGUUUUCCUUAUCGGGUCGUCCCUUAAUACUUGACCUGUUUCUAAAAAUUGAAAUAUUCUAACAAUAUUAUAUUAUUUCUCACUCCACUCCUAUUAACUCACCUACCCCCUACUCCAUACAAAAAAUAAUUAAAAAUUCAACCCAUACUCUCCCCCAACCCCACCUCUUAACCCACCUCACACUAACUACAUUAAAAUAAUACCCCACUAUCAACUACUACCUAUUAAAUUAAAUAAGUCAAUUCAAGUCCCUUAAACUCUGUGCCGAUCAAACCGGGUCGAGUAUUCCGGGACGGAGGGAGUAUUUUCUAUUGAUAGAUGGAUUUUAUGAUGCAUGUAUAAUCAUAUUCUAAUGU